AUGAAGAUUCCUUUUUCAAAUCGAACGGUGGAUGUAGAGCUUCCUAAUACUCAAGGGCAGGCCAAGGUAACUGUCAAAAACAUAAUGGAAGACUUCCAUCGCCCAACGGGAGAUAAUUUUCCCAAGUUAUUCGAGGCUUUUGUCUUAUUAUCGCCUCGCAAAGUUGGUAUUACUUGUCGCACCGCAUUGAAUAUGGAAGAAGUGUGUCACCUCGGGCUUACGUUUCGAGAUGUUCGUCUAACGUUCAACCCGGUCAGGACGGCAAAAUGGGUAAACAUUACGCGCCUGAGUUAUGGGAUUCCCAAUGAAGCGAUUGCUGAUGCUUUGAAGCCAUAG